ACACAAGAAGAUCAAGACAAAGUAGAUGAGGAAGCUCGACGGAAGGCUACGAAGGAUUUAGUCCAGUCAUGGAUGGACCGUCUUCAACUCAUCAGUUUAAUCACAACAUUUUUCGCCUCUGUCGAGGCGAGCUUGCUGCAAGUGUCAACGCCGAACAAGGGAGACGAUACCUCGGCAUGGGAACGAGCGUGUAAUGCAGGCCUCCUUGGAGCACUGGUUGUCCAUGUCACUGCAUCCUUUAUAUCUUUCUUCGCCGCGUUCUUUUUGAUUCGAUUCAAGGUCACAGAAGCCAACAAGGAAGAGCUUAAAGCGGGAGGCACCGUCCAGCCUGAUGAAAUUUGGUGUGCGAAUCCCCGCCUCGUCCAGGCUGGGCCGUUCUACGACCAGCUGCCCCUCGACUUGCUAAACAAAUGUCGUUCGCUGACCAUUCUGUUCUCGGUAUUUGGGUUCAUCUUGGCGUUAAUGGGCAUCCUAUGCCUCGCUUGGGCGACACAGCCUGUAAGCGUAAGCAUUUUCACCACCUUAUGCCUCGGUGUUUGCCUAGCAGCC